CCCCACCACUUUCUCUUUCCCUUCACAAGCCUAUCAUCUGCUGCUGCUGCUGUUGCUGCUUCUGCUUCUUCUUCUUUUCUCUUUCUCUGUCUCAAUGAUGGCUUCUUCUUCUGACGACGAGCCGAUCUCCGCCGUCGGAUAGCGGAUAGCGACCGUGCGGCGACGACGGCCGUGGAGCGCUCUACGGUUUCAUCACGGCGCGAUCCCAUUCUCUGAGUUGGCAUCGGCGACGGCUGAGCGAUCUAGGUCUUUUCCAAUGCUCUGCGGCGGCGGAGGGAUCUUCUAGGGUUUCGUCACGAUGCGGUGCGGGGGCGGAGGGCCGGCGUGGGCGAUGUUCCCGGACGAGGUGUGGGAGCAAGUGUUCUCGUUCCUCGGCUCGGACGCGGAUCGGAACGCGGCNUUCGUCACGAUUGUUCUCGUUCCUCGGCUCGGACGCCGAGCCGAGCGGCGGUCGCGGCGGCGCGUGUUCGUGGGGAACUGCUACGCGGUGGCGCCCGCGGCGGCGGUGGCGCGGUUCCCGGAGGCGCGGGCGGCGGCGGUGAAGGGGAAGCCCCACUUCGCCGACUUCAACCUCGUCCCCGGCGACUGGGGCGGCGGCGCCGACGCCUGGGUCGCCGCCAUGGCCGAGGGGUGGCCCCUCCUCGAGGAGCUCCGCCUCAAGCGCAUGGUCGUCUCCGACGACUGCCUCGAGGCCCUUGCCAGGGCCUUCAAGAACCUCCGCGUGCUUGCCCUCACCUCCUGCGACGGCUUCUCCACCGCGGGCCUCGCCGCCAUCGCCGCACACUGCAGAAACCUAAGGGAGCUCGACCUACAGGAAAACAUGAUCGAGGAAAAUUGUUCCCAUUGGCUUAGCCACUUUCCUGAAUCUUUCACCUCUUUGGUAAACUUGAACAUUGCUUGCCUCGAAGGAGAGGUGAAUGUCUCCGUCCUCGAGCGCCUAGUCAGCAGAUGCCCCAAUCUCAAGACCCUCGGACUCAACCAGGCCUUUCCUCUAGACAAGCUCAACAUCCUGCUUCGCAGGGCUCCACAGCUAAUUGACCUCGGUACCGGGCGGUUCGACGCUGAAUAUUAUCCAGAGCUUUUUCAUAAGCUUGAAUCGGCCUUUUCUGGUUGCAAAAGUCUUAGAGGCCUCUCUGGGAUUUGGGAGGCUGUUCCGGCUCACCUACCUGCUCUAUACUCUAUUUGUGAAGGUCUAACAUCGCUGAAUUUGAGCUACGCUACUAUACAAAGCCCUGAUCUUAUAAAACUAGUCAGCCAGUGCAAGAAUUUGCAAAAAUUAUGGGUAAUGGAUUUCAUCGAGGAUGCGGGCCUAGCUGUGGUGGCGUCCUCGUGCAAACUCCUCCAAGAACUCCGCGUCUUCCCGUCCGACCCAUAUGGGGAAGUGGCACAGCCGCCUGUCUCCCUCACCGAACGUGGCCUUAUCGCUGUCUCCACUGGCUGCCCAAUGCUUCACUCCGUCCUCUACUUUUGCCGGCAAAUGACCAACAGUGCCCUCAUUACCGUGGCCCACAACCGCCCUAAUCUGAUCCGCUUCCGCCUUUGCAUCCUUGAGCCUCAUACCCCUGACUACCUCACUUUCCAACCCCUCGACGCCGGCUUCAGUGCCAUCGUCGAGUCUUGCAGGGACCUCUGCCGCCUGUCCCUCUCCGGCCUUCUCACUGAUCGUGUGUUCAAAUCUAUUGGGGCCUAUGCUGACUGCCUUGAGAUGCUCUCGGUUGCGUUCGCUGGGGAUAGUGAUGCAGGCCUCCACUACAUUCUUUCUGGUUGCAAGAGCCUAAAGAAACUCGAAAUUAGGGAUUGUCCUUUUGGGGCCAAGCCCUUGCUGGCAAACGCGGCCAAGCUCGAGACAAUGCGAUCCCUUUGGAUGUCGUCAUGUGCCGUCACUUUAGGUGCCUGUCGGCUUCUGGCCCAAAAAAUGCCGCAGCUUAAUGUGGAGGUGAUCGACGAGAGGGGAGGAAGGCCAUCGUGGGAAUUGCGGCCCAAUGAUUGCCCCGUUGAGAAGCUCUUUGUUUAUAGAACCCUAGCUGGGCGGAGGGCUGACAAACCACCGUGCGUUUGGAUUGUUUAGGGGUGGCAUCGAAUUAGAAGCACGGAGGUAACUAAAUUUCUAAAUAUCAAAUAUUUGAUUCUUUCUUUUUUUUUUUCUUUUUGUUAUGAUUCGCAAAUUAUUUAUUCACAAGUGACGGGGAAAGUUGGUAGCUAAAAUGGGGCAAGGGGAAACAGAGGUUUGCAAUUUCUUUCGACAAUUUAAGCUGUUUCGGAAGUGUAGUAAACCUGAGAGUAGAGCUUUUAAUUGUCAAUAAAAACAAAGCAGGUGGUAAGGGACUACAUGACUAAAAACAUAAAUUUCUAGUGAGAGCAAUCUUAAGAUUAGCUUUGUUGUAUUUCCUUUCCUUUUUCUUUUUCUAUUUUUUAGGCUGAUAUUUCAUGUAUAUGAGGAUCUUUUACGUUCUCUUAGAAGAGCUGUGUUUAGAAAUGGAACAGCAACUCUGUACUUCCAUGAGGAUUCGAAUUUUUGGGUUAAAUUUAGUUUGUUUUGAUUUUAGCGUGAGAAAAUAUUGCUAUGAAUGCUUACAAUAAGCUUAUCGUC